GACGGAGCAGGCUAUAAAACAGGCUGCUGGUGUUGAACACACCUCAUCUGAAAGGCAACACUCUCGAAUUCUACACAUCUACAGGUCAACAGCUGCUUUAACAAGGAACCAUGGCAAAGAGUGUGGCAGUGAUUCUGGCUGGGUGUGGGGUCUAUGAUGGAACAGAAGUGCACGAGGCCUCUGCUGUUCUAGUGCACCUGAGCAGGGCUGGGGCAAAGGUCCAGAUGUUUGCUCCUGACAUGGACCAGAUGCAUGUCAUCAACCACUGUGAGGGCAAACCUUCCGAAGAGAAACGCAAUGUGCUCCAGGAGAGUGCCCGUAUCGCUCGUGGUGAGGUGAAAGACCUGUCUACGCUGGAAACCACUGCCUUUGAUGCCAUUAUCAUCCCAGGUGGAUUUGGUGUGGCUAAGAACCUGAGUGACUGGGCAGUGAAAGGGAAGGAAUGCAGCGUCCAGCCCCAGGUAGAACGACUGAUCAAGGAGUUCAAUGUAAAAGGCAAACCCCUGGGAAUGUGUUGCAUCUCUCCAGUCCUUGCAGCCAAGGUCCUACCAGGCUGUGAGAUCACCGUGGGACAGGACAAGGAGUGUAAGAUGUGGCCAAAUGCUCAGACUGCAGGUACCAUGACAGAGAUGGGAUGCAAACAUGUCAAUAAAAAUGUGGGACAGGCACACAUCGAUGUCAAGAAUAAACUGGUGACCACCAGUGCCUUUAUGUGCAAUGCUCCCAUUCACGAAAUUUAUGAUGGGAUUGGUGUCAUGGUUAAAGAAGUACUGAAACUAGCUUAAGGUUGAAAUGUAAAUAAUAAAGUGUUAUUUUGCUAGAGAGGUAUUCUCUUUUAUGUUGCUAAGUUCGACAUUCAGACUGUUUGCUGUCAUAUGCUUGUAUUGUUUUAAAUUAGAAAUAAAAGUAAUUUUUUACUUUGA